GACCUCGAAGCUAAGAUUUCGAGCUUCAACUUUCCCCAGAAACUAAUCAACUGCAGCACUACUCAAUUCUUCUAGGCUCUCCUCUACUAGACCAAUCUACGAUAAGAAGCCCAUUCAGACUACCUGCUACAUCUAUCUCCAACUGGGUCCAGCAUUACGCGUUAUUCCUUUCCCCAGACGUGCCUCGCCAUGAGUUCGCAAAAGCAAGGCGCCUACGGCGGCGCAAAAACCGGCGGAGACACACACCGAAAGACCUGGGACCGAGAAGAGUAUGCGCAGCGCGCAAAGGACCAUGACCACAAGUCGAAGGAGGAAUCCAAGGCCCGCUACGAGGCCGCCUUGGCCGGGAAGAAAUACCACAGACGAGCGUCGACGCCGCCCGACGUGCGGGCCACGGAAGCGCGACAGGCGAGGCUCGAUGUCGCAUCUCGAGUCGGGACGACGGUUCUGGUGGGUGCAAGUGCUGCGACGGGGAAGAGGGGGAAGGGCGCGGGUUUCUACUGCGAGGCUUGCGAUCUCACGUUCAAGGAUCACCUGAGUUACGUCGAGCACUCGAAUAGUAUACAGCAUUUGAGGGCUAUUGGACAAUCUACGGAAGUUGCUGUGGCUACACUUGAGGAUGUGCGGAACCGUUUGCUGUGGUUAAAGCGGAAACGAGACGAAGAGCAGAGGGAUGUGGUUGUCGACUUGGAUACUCGCUUGGAACGAAAUCGAUUGACGGAGGAGCAAGAGCAGGAAGAGAAGAGGCGCAAGAGGAGGGAGAAGAGGAAGAACAAGAAGAAGGCUGAUGAUGAUAACGUUAUGAAGUACGAAAGCGACGAUGACGGCGUUAUCCGGUGAUCGAAGGUUGCUUGUCAAACAUCAAGAGGCUUGCAUCAAGUGUGACCUUCCGAGAUAUGCCAUGGUUGCGAAUGCUGCGACGGAUUGCCAUGCCGAACAGUUCGCAGAUGAUGGGAUACUCCUUGUCAGAGUCGGCUAGCCAACAUUU